GAUUAGUAUUGUCGGUUGCCAUCUCUUAUAUAUACUCAUACUCAUAAGUCAUACAGUCAUAUCAAUCGUUAGCGUAUUAGAAAUUAUUCCCAUUUGGUAGAUUAUUUGAUCAAGCAGUCAUGCGAGAAACACAACUCUCUUCUUCUCCAGGGACAAAUAUCCCGGCUGGUUUCAGGUUUUACCCUACUGUUGCAGAGUUAGUCACUUGUUAUCUCCAGGGAAAAAAUAAUGGCAGCCUUUCAUCUGCCGAAGAUCGGCUUCCUGUCAAGUACUGCGAUUUCUAUGGCAAAGACGAACCUUGGGAAAUAUGGAAGAAGUUUGGUGGAGACAAGUUGAGGAAUGGCGAAACCCUUUUCUUCUUCACCACGUUAAAAAACGUGGCUCCUGAUGGCGGUUCUAAAAUCAGUCGCAGGGUGGGCUCUAGCGCAGGGACUUGGCACGGUGAGACGUCAGGUAACAGUUCAGUAAUUCGUUGUCAGGGUUUGACGGCCUACAGGAAACGAUUUAACUAUCGGAACCCACUGAGAUUGGACCAAGAUCAUUGUUGGAACAUGCUUGAGUAUAGUUUGGAUGGUGGCGAACAUGUUCUUUGUCAGCUCAAAAGGAGCAGAAAACAAUCGAGAAAAAGAAAGAGCCAAACUGUGAACGAUGACUUUAUGGAGGUUCUUGAACGUGAAAAGCACUCGAGGGUUGGACAGCAAUUGCUAAAAGGAUUUCAGAGACACCACAAGGCGGUUGAUAACUUGUUUGGAAGGAUCUCUAUGAACACUACUCGAGUUGGGGCUGUUCUGUUUGCUGUUUUCAUAGCCAUUGCUGCUUUAAUUAUAUAUUAG